AUUAUUUUAUUGAGGAGUUAUUGAAAAAUUCAUUUUCCAUUUGUUAUUUUGACCAUUUUUAUUAACUUAUUUCCGUCAUGGUAAUUAAGGGAAAAAGAGGUAAAGGCAAAAAAUUUUCAAAGAGAAUUGCACCACCUCCUUCAAUUGUUAAGAAAGAGGUUAUCGUUCCUAAAAAAGUUUCUAACCCACUUUUUGAAAAAAGACCAAAAAAUUUUAGAAUAGGCCAAAAUAUUGGACCCAAGAAAGAUUUGACUCGUUUUGUUAAAUGGCCUAAAUAUAUUCGACUUCAAAGACAAAAAAGAAUUCUAUUAGAAAGAUUAAAAGUCCCUCCACCAAUAAACCAAUUUAGACAUGCAGUUGACCUUCAAACUGCAAGACAACUCCUUAGACUUUUGAACAAAUAUCGUCCUGAAACUAAACAAGCUAAAAAGGCAAGAUUGAGAAGUAGGGCUUUGGCAAAAGUACAAGGUAAAACAAAAGUGGAUGUGUCAACUAAAAGAAAGCCAAUAAUUCAUUCUGGUAUAAAUAACGUUACCAAACUGAUUGAACAAAAAAAAGCAUCAUUAGUAGUUAUAGCUCAUAAUGUUGAUCCCAUUGAACUAGUGAUAUUUUUGCCAGCAUUAUGCCGCAAAAUGGGCAUACCUUAUUGUAUCAUAAAAGGAAAAUCAAGGCUGGGCACAUUGGUGUAUAGAAAAACUUGUACUUGUGUUGCACUGACAAAAGUUAAUCCUGAAGACACCGCUUCACUAAAUAAACUGAUUGAAGUUAUCAAAACGAAUUUCAAUGACAGAUUUGAUGAAAUUCGUAGACAAUGGGGUGGAGGUAGAAUUGGUGCCAAAUCAGAAGCAAAAAUUCAUAAGAUGGAAAAAGUUAAAAACAAGGAACUUAUUAAAAAGCUUGGUUGAAGAUAUAUCUUAAUAUAAUUUGAUUGUUAUCCUAAUUUAAAUAAAAUACAAAUUUCCAUUAGUAGUAUAUUAUCUUGUUAUAUUAUUGUUAUAAUAAAAAUAAAUUUUGGUUCUUGAAUUAAA